AUGCUUCAACUGGCGUGUCUGCUGGCGCUGGUUGGCAUUGCUGCUUCCAACUCAUUGGCGCAACAGCAGCCACUUUCGGCUCCCGCCAAACCCAAUGUGAUCUUCAUCCUGACAGACGACCAGGAUGCCCAUCUGGAUUCCAUUGCAUACAUGCCAUUUGUACAGAAACAUCUGCUUAACAGAGGGACGCACUAUCGCAGCCACUAUUGCACAACAAGCGUGUGUUGUCCGUCCAGAGUUUCAUUAUGGACUGGAAAGCUAGCACAUAAUACAAAUGUCACCGACGUCAAUCCUCCAUAUGGUGGUUACCCCAAGUUUAUCUCGCAAGGCUUAAACGACAACUAUCUUCCUGUCUGGUUGCAGGAGGCACAAUACAACACGUAUUACACUGGCAAACUUUUCAACGUCCAUACGGUCGAAAAUUACAACGCCCCAUUCGCAGCGGGGUUUACUGACAAUGAGUUUCUGCUGGAUCCAUUCACAUACGACUAUCUAAACAGCACAUUCCAACAAGGCCGCGAAUCACCCCAGAGCUAUGAAGGUGAGUACACCACGGAUAUCCUUACAAAGAAGGCGUAUAGUCUUCUUGAUAAGGCUGUGGUGGCUCAAAAGCCGUUUUUCCUUACCAUUGCACCCAUUGCACCCCAUUGCAACGUCUUCAUGAACGGGACCGGGUUGGAUGAAAAUCCAGUGUUCAGUUUCACUGAGCCCAUUCCCGCAAAAAGACAUGAACAUCUCUUUGAGAACAUACAAGUUCCUCGCACCCCAUCUUUCAAUCCCGAGCAACCUUCGGGGGCUAGCUGGGUCAAGACUCUGAAGCGUCAAAAUGAGACGAAUGUCGAGUACAACGACCAUUUCUACCGCUCCCGGCUCCGCGCUCUCCAGGCUGUUGAUGAACUGGUUGAUGGUAUUUUCGCCCGUUUACAGGACUAUGAUCUUCUAGAUAAUACAUAUAUCGUUUACAGCUCCGAUAAUGGGUAUCAUAUCGGCCAACAUAGACUACAGCCGGGAAAAACGUGUGGGUACGAGGAAGACAUCAACAUCCCAUUAAUAAUUCGUGGUCCUGGUAUAGCGGAGAAUAAAACCACGGAUAUUGUCACGACGCAUACCGAUUUGGCUCCUACCUUUCUACAAUUACUCGGUAUUCCGCUACGACCCGAUUUCGAUGGUGAGCCCAUCCCAUUAACGCAGGCGGAUAUUGAAGUAGCAGACUCGAAGAGACAGGAGCAUGUCAACGUUGAGUAUUGGGGCUUUGCUAAUGGAGAGGGCAAAUACGACUUUGAUUUAUCCGCGUAUAACCAUACGUACAAAGCCCUCCGCGUUAAAGGAAGGGAAUACAAUAUAUACUAUUCAGUCUGGUGUAACAACGAACACGAACUUUACGAUAUGACGGUAAGGCUAUUUAUUUUCAUGGUUCUACGGCAUUUGCUAUCCAUUGAUGCUUCAAAAGAGAAAGCUGACUGUGAACAGGCCGACCCUCACCAACUCCAUAAUCUCCUCUCCACAGAUGACAAAGAAAACCAGACAUCCCACGCGAUCCUUGGUAUCAGCCUCCCAAAAGUCGUCGCAAGACUUGACUCACUACUGCUGGUCCUCAAGUCAUGCAAGGGCCAAGUAUGUGUCAAGCCGUGGAAAGCGUUGCACCCCCAGGGAGAAGUUACGUCGUUGAAAGAUGCGCUGGAUACGCGGUACGAUUACUUCUACAAAGAGAAGCAGACCAGCAGAGUUUACUUUGACGAGUGUGCGCGUGGUUACCUCCUUGAUGUAGAAGGGCCCCAGUAUAACUUUGAAAGCAACGACGAGGGAAAUUCGUUCAUUCGAGACGGAUUGCCGUGGUAUGAAUGGGUUUAA